GCAUUUUUCAUGUGUCCCUUCUCGGAAUGCGCCACCGUCCCCGCGCCGGGACAUGGCAGCCGCUCACGGCAGCGCCGCCCACGGCAGCGCCGCUACAUGGCGUCGGAUGGGCUUUGACCAUGACGCCCCGAGCGGACGAUUUCGAGUCGCACGGGAAUGGCAAGGACACUCGAGCGGACUCGGAAGGCCCAACGCUAUCCUUUGCCCUGGCUCAUCCACUGUAAGAAAGCCAACCUGUCCUGCCUCCCCAGCACCAUUGGCUGUUUGAGAAGAUUGAUGAGUUCUUCGAGUGACAGGCUUUGCCUGAAGGACUCAGUGAGCGGUGCGGCAUCGCCUGUGGCGGUGGCGACCAGGUUGAUCCUCCAGAAGUGUCAACGACCACCACGCUGGGCCUUGGCCCUCCAUUACCUGGAUGAAGUGUCAGAGGUCUUGGUGCCGGACGUGGUGUGCUUCAGCGCGGUCAUCGGAAUUUGCUCUAAGGCCACGGUCUGGCCAGCGGGACUUCAAGUGUUGCAGCAGAUGCAGAAGGUGCAAGUAGCUCCCAACCUCAUCACCUACAACUCCCUCGUGGCAGCUAGCAGCCGGGCCACCCAGUGGCACUUGGCCUUUCGUCUGAUCGACGAGAUGAAGCUACAACUCCUACAGCCAGACCAGGUGACCUACAACACCUCCCUGGUGGCGCUGCGUCGUGCCGGCCUCGCACGACAGGCGCUGCGCGUCCGGCCGUGGAGUGACCAGGCACAUGCGGAUGCAUAUACCUACUGUGCUUGGAUAAGUGCCUGCAGUAAGACGACACAGUGGGCCAAAGCGCUGAAUCUGGUGGAGGAUGCCCAAAAGCGAGAACUACAUCUCAACAAAUAUGUCUUGAGCGCUGCCAUUGCUGCCUGUGGGCGUGGCUUGCAGCCGCGCCAAGCCCUUCAGCUUUUGCUCUCGGAUGCGACUGCCAGCGCGACGAACGUGAGCCGCGACACCGUGAGCCGCGACGCGGCCGUGAAGGCCUGUGCCGACGGACUCCUUUGGGCCGAGGCCGUAAGCUUGUUGACGUCCGGGGGUGGUCCGCGCGCAGGUGUCCAGAGCUUCUUGAGCGCUGCCUGGGCAAUUUCGAGCGCUUCCACCUCCGAACACUUAAGCUUCAAGGUGAUGAUGGCUGCACAGGAGAAGGCCAGUCGUCAGCUCUUGCAGAAUCCCUUGUCACCGGGCGCCUGGCACGAUGCCGUGCUGGCGGAGUCUUUGAUCCACCUCCUCCGCAGUGAGACUCCGUCUUUGGUGCGCGUGGCCACGAAGCGGGGCCAGCUGUUGCGGUUGCUGAGAGGCUAUGUGACCUCACCCGUGGUGGCACAGCUGGCUACUGGUCGCGAAGUUCGGGAAGGCGGCCACUUGAGAUCGGACUUGCUGGAAGAGCAAUACACCUUUGGCAGGCUUUGCAAAGAGUUGGCCUUGGAUUUGGGGAUGGCUGAGGACUACCCCGUUUCCAAGCUGCCUUGGACACCACGCCGACGUCCCAGCCGCAACCUGGCUGUUCACAGCCCAGUGGGUGGCGACUUCGUCAUUUUGAGCCAAGCACCCAUGUGUGUCUCCACAAGGGUCAGGUGUGAGGCAACUUGCCCGUUAUGACAGUCACUUCGGUUCACCCCGGGCUUGCUAGGCAGCAAAGAAAAAACACAAUCGGCAACUAAGUGGAACGGGGGAGUAUACGUGCUCUCCCUAUAUUUGGUUUGCUGGGCCUAGAUUAUAUAUAUAAAUAUCAUUUGGCCCUGGAAUGGACGAGCCAGUGAGCGAAUCUGCACAAUUGGAACUCCUCUUCUUUGGCACGUGGGGCUGCUUUUGUUGAGUAUAGUUUGUAAGUAGGGUGUUUAUCGAACACUUAAUGUCACCUGUUCCACCUUGUGUUGAAACUUUAAGUCCAGAAACAGAGGUCUGUCCAAGUGUCACAUGCCUGAAGGACAACUCACAGGAUUAUGUUGGGCGAUGGCAGCCAUACAUGGCCAACCAUCAAAUAAUUUUUUUUGUG